AUGAAAGCACACAAGAAUAAAAAAAGAUAUACACAGCGGCUGCACGUCCUCCCACUGAAAGUACACGUCUCUAACAUCCGAGGUCUGCACUCCAAUCUCGAAUCUGUCCACCACCACCUAGAAACAGAAAAACCGCAGCUGCUGUUCCUCACUGAGACGCAGAUCAGAUGUCCGGCUGACACGGCGUACCUCAGCUACCCCGGGUAUUCUCUGGAGCACAGGUUCAUACCUCGUGCCGGAUUAGUCAUCCUGGGGGACUUCAACGCCCACCACCAGGAGUGGCUGUACCCAUACCAAGUGACCGACCAUGCUGGGAGAGAAGUGCGUAAACUAGCCUUGACGCUGGACCUCACCCAGCUUGUAAAUUGUGCUACCAGGGUACCAGACGUAGACACUCAUACCGCCAACUGCUUAGACCUAUUUUUAACAACUGAUCCAGACAGGUACUCAAUAACAGUUUCUGCACCACUGGGUACUUCUGACCACUGUCUGGUAAAAUCAAUAUCCGUCUGUUCCCCACCCGAAGAAUCCCCAUGUGGCCCAAGACGGGUGUGGCGAUAUAAGGCAGCGGAUUGGGAUGAGAUGCGUCACUUUUUCUCGUCCUAUCCUUGGCGAGAGGCAUGCUUUUCUUCUGAUGAUCCGUCGAGCUGCGCUGAAGCCAUUACCGCGGUUAUUCGCCAAGGUAUGGAAUAUUUUAUACCAUACUCUGACGUAGCGACGAAUGGAAAAGCUCGCCCAUGGUUUGAUGUGGACUGCUAUCGUGCAGAAGCCAAAAAGCGGUCGGCAUACACUGCAUGGGCUGAAGCUCGAACGCGCAAGUCUCCGAAUUCUCGGAAUUUGAAGAAAGCUUUUAACCAAGCCGCCAAGUCAUGUAAAAGGACGUUACGCAGGGCUAGAUUCAACCAUAUCAGCCGCAUUGGGGCCAAACUAGCUUCUUACCCUUCUGGGAGCAAAGCGUUUUGGUCCCUGGCAAAAGCCGUUGAAUCUAACUUUUGUCGGCCGUCACUUCCACCAUUGCUGAGGACCGAUGGAUCACUGGCCCAUUCUGCGAAGGAGAAAGCAGAUUUGUUUGCAUCUCUUUUUGCUGAGAACUCGCGUCUGGAUGUUGCAGGAAAAGCUCCACCAAUCUCAACUCGUGCUGACUGCAUUAUGGCAGAAGUACGCAUACGCCAAAAAGAGAUCCUUAAAAUCCUGCAAACUCUAGACGUGAACAAGGCCAGCGGACCGGACGGUAUACCAGCGAUAGUCCUGCGUACAUGUGCCCCUGAGUUGUCUCCACCUCCUACACGCCUUUACCGCCUGUCACUUAAGACUGGCAAAGUGCCGAAGUCUUGGAAGCUUGCCAACGUGCAGCCUGCAUUAGAAAUAGUCUUAGAGGUAAAAACAGUUAUUGUUCAGAUCAGGUAUCAACUUCUCAUAACUGAUUUAAUAACUUUAAAUAAAGCAAUAAUCUACAAUAAUGUUGACGUUUCUAACCAGUCAAAUAUUAAAGAUCAAUGUAUACAAAACAAGGCUUAA